AUGGCAACAAAACGAAAGAAUGAACAACAGAAUGAUGUAUUGACAAAGGUUAGGAGACAGGAUGGUGAGAAUGAUAAUGAUGGUGAUGCAGUGGCAGAGGUAGAGUUUGAGGAGCUCAAUCCAGCGACAUUGAAGAAGUUGGUGUUGACAUUUGAGAAGAAGUAUAAUAUCAAUCAAGAGAUGCGUAUCAAGUAUGCAGACAACCCAGAGCGAUUCAUGACCAGUGAGAUCGAGCUGGACGACGAGAUCAAGAAGCUACAGAUCGUUGCCACGGCACCAGAGCUCUAUCCACUCUUUGUCAAACUUGGCGUCAUCACCUCACUCGGUUCACUACUCCUUCAUGACAACGUGGACAUUGUAAUCGAUAUAGUUGAUCUCUUUCACGAGUUGACCGAGCAAGAGACGCCCAACGACGACCAGACCCUCGCUCUAACAAACAGUUUGAUUGAGAAUGGAGUCGUCGAGACGUUGGUGACAGUACUUGAGCGAUUUGAUGUGUCAGAGUCAGAUGACCAGGCAGCCAUUCAUAAUACAUUGUCUGUGUUUGAGAAUCUGUUGGAGUUGAAGCCAAUGGAGACGUCGAAACUGCUCGCGGACAAGUCAAACAUGUUCAAGUACAUACUCACGGCGAUCAGAUCACCUCCAGCUGCUAGCGUACCAUUGAAUGUUAGACUGUACUGUUGCGAGAUCCUUUCCAUCAUACUCCAGACGAAUGAGGAGUCGCGCGACAAGUUUGCUCAACUUGGAGGCAUUGACUCAUUGCUGGUCGUCAGUGCUGCCUACAAGAAGAAGGCGCCCGAAUCAUUGGAAGAGACAGAGAUGGUUGAGAAUGUGUUCUCCUCCCUAUGCUCCAGUCUCCUUGGUAACCAGGCCAACAAGGAUCUAUUCCUACAAUCAGAGGGCAUUGAACUAAUGCUCAUGUUCAUAAAGAACAAGACAGUGUUUAGGAGCUCGGCGCUGAAGGUGCUGGCCUUUGCACUGACGCGACAUCAAGGAGCCAACGAGAUGUUUGUCGAGAGACUUGGAUUGAAGACAUUGUUCUCAGCGAUGAUGAAGCGAGUCAAGUCCAAGCACAACAAGAACAAGAACAAGAAGAACAAAGGAAUAUAUAAUGAGAUGGAAGAUGAUGAGCAUAUCAUAACGAUUGUACACUCAUUGUUCACAAACUUGGAGAAGGGAUCAGCGAGAUACGAGAGAUUGGUGUCCAAGUUCACAGAGAAUCAAUGCGAGAAGAUUGAUAGAUGGUUCGAACUGUUUGAUAAGUACUCCAAGAAGCUGAGGGAGGCCGAACAGAAUCUUAAACAGGAGCAUUUGGAGAAUGGUGACGAUGAGGACGAUGAUGACGAAGAAGAGUUGUUCUUUAGACGUUUGGAUGCUGGUCUGUUCAAGUUACAGCACAUAGACAUUGUCAUUGGCAUACUAUUUGGAUACAAUGUCGGUGGCGACAACACUAUAAAGGAGAGGAUACAACAGGUGAUCAAACAGAGGAAUAUAAACAUGGAUAACAUCAUUGGAAUUCUUAAAGAAUAUGAGGCAACGAUAGAGACCUCACAAUUGAAGGAUCAGGAUAAGGAGCGUGACAAACAGUUUAUAGAAUCACUCAUCAAUACACUGCGAUCCAAUUGA